AUGCUCAGUCCCCAGCCUAAACGAGGCAACGAAGGUGGAGACAUCCUUGGACCCCAAAAUCCCGAUCGGGCCCGCCAGGAGCCGGACAUCAUCUGCCCGCCCAUCACAGACUCGGGCAAGAUGCCCAACAUGAAGUGGUCAUACACCGACUCGCACAUGCGGCUCGAGGAGGGAGGAUGGGCGCGCGAAACCACAGUGCGCGAGUUGCCCACCUCAACUGAGCUCGCCGGGGUCAACAUGCGUCUCGGGCCUGGGGUAUAUCGAGAGCUUCACUGGCACAAUGAGUCGGAGUGGGCGUAUAUCAUCAAGGGGUCUUGCCGUAUUACCGUGCUCGAUGUUGAAGGCGGGUGUGCGAUCGAGGAUCUUGAGGAAGGGGACUUGUGGUACUUUCCAACUGGCUAUCCGCAUGGUAUCCAAGGUACCGGCAAGGAGGGCGUAGAGUUCCUGCUCGUCUUUGACGACGGCAACUUUUCGGAAGACUCGACCUUCCUCCUCACCGACUACAUGGCGCGUACGCCCAAAUCCGUCCUCGCCAAGAACUUCCGGGUCUCGCCCAAGCUCUUCGACUCGCUGUCCCAGAAGGAAAAGUACAUUUUCCAAGGCACCACGCCCGGAAGUCUCGAGGACGACCGCAAGUCUGUCAGGCCGUCGCGCCACCGUUUCGUCCACCGGAUGCUCAAUCAACCUCCGCAGCUCUUCUCGGGCGGGUCGGUCCGAAUCACCGACUCGUCCAACUUCCCCAUCAGCAAGACGACCGCAGCCGCUCACGUCACCAUCAAGGAAGGCGGGCUGCGCGAGAUGCACUGGCACCCCAACGCGGACGAGUGGUCCUUCUUCCUCAAGGGCCAUGCUCGCGUCACCAUCUUUGCGUCCAGCGGCAAAGCGCGGACCUUCAACUAUAUGGCCGGAGACGUCGGGAUCGUGCCCAAGAAUCACGCCCACUAUGUCGAAAACAUUGGUGAGGGCGAGGUGGAGAUGCUGGAGAUGUUUAGGGCGAGCAAGUUCGAGGACUUUUCGACCGAGCAGUGGUUGGCGCAGACGCCGGGGCAGAUUGUGGCGGAGCAUCUGAACUUGGAGGGGAACAAGAGGGAGGAGUUCUUGAAGGGGCUCAGCAAGGACAAGGAACCGGUCAAGAAGGGGCCGAGGCGGAACUCGUUCUAA